UAUAUACAUAUAUGUAUAACAAAAAAAAAAACACAAAUAAGUUCAAACUAAACAAAAAAAAAAUCAGCAAAAAAAGUAAAAUAUUGCGCAGAAAGAACUUUGUGCAGCGCCAACGUUUUGUUGGUCACUCAAAUUGAACAGGAAAAAAAAAUUUACAAAAACGCAGCGAAGGCGAAAAAUCGAGAUUAACUAGCUCAAGUGUGCACACUUGAACACGCUCUGCGUACUGAAUAUAUACAUACAUAUAUAUAUUAAAAAAACUCAAUCUCAACGACACCCAUUAGAGGCUUCAAUUUGUGCUAAAAUCCGCUUUUGGAUUUUCGCAUUGAAAUAUUUAGUGUGCCACCUGUGGCUGCAAAGAAGUCUGAAAAAGGCGCCAUUUUAAAGCAAAUAAAAAUACAAAGAAAAAAUAAUAAUAUUAAAAAACAAAAUAAAAAAAAAAUCUUUAUAUAAAAGAACAUUGCCAAUCGCUAAGCUGAGCUGUAAACAACCAACCAAAUCCAGUGGAAUUUCGUAUACUUUUGGAUACUACAUAAUACUAUUAUCUACUACUAGUUGCAGAGCGACACAUCGUCGUAUUACUAAUCUAAAACGUUUCAGCAGGCGUACAUCAAUCUUCUAUUCUAUUAAGACUUUAACUCGCAAAACAAGCCAUUUUACUAAUUGACGAUUAUAUACGAUAAAUAUUUUCCAACGUUAUUUUGCAUAUUCUGUUUUUCUCUCUAUUGAAGACGUUUAGAAGCAAAUUUUCUUCCCACAACAAAAAAAACAAAAUACAAAAACAAAAAACCACGAACUUUUCCGCGCAUUAUUCUUGUUAUUGCUUUUACUACAACUACUACUUAAAAUAUAUGCAUACGACGUACAUAUGUAUAUAGAUAUUGAUCGUAUUAGUUUAUGAAAUUGUGUCGACCUGGUCAUUUACAUACAUAUAUACAUAUAUAUUCUCAUAACUUGGAAAGAUACGAGCGCCAUAUUUGUAUUAUUUUAAAAAUUUUAAAACAAAUAUCAUAUAUACAUAUAUAUAAAUAUAUAUGUAUAUGUAUAAAUAUAUAUAAACCAAAGCCAAUCACCUAAAAGAAAAGCCCAUAACCAACAUUCGGAAAGAGUAGUCACUCACAAAUCAACAACAACAACUAAAAGGAUAUCAAAAUCUCGUGAACAACACAAAUCAAACUCUAACUUAUAGUUGAAGGAGAAGGCAAACUAAAAAAAAAAAUAAAAUAAAAAAAUCACAAAGUUUAUAAGCAUAUAAAUCUUAAUAUAUACAUCUCUAUAUAAAUAUCAAAGCAUAACGGCAUUUGCCAAAUUUGCCUAAAAAACAAAUCACCGAAACACCAUCAUCUUCCGUUUUUUGCCACCAGAUAUUGUAAGCAAUUGCAUAAUUAUUACUAAAAAAAAAAAACAACCAAUAGCAAAUAAACGCAUUCGAGAUUUGCACGUUAACGAAAAAAGUUUGCCUAUAAGAGAAGUCACAGAACUUUUCUGCUCACAAGCAUUUUACCAUCACAACGCGUAAUUUUUUUCUUGGAAAUUCCAAAACACAUUAUUUUCUUCACGUCAACUUUAACCUAAAACGCCACUUAUGGCAUCACUCGAGGAACAACCAAUCUCAACGAUCACCGCCAUUUCCACCUUUGAUCCCGCUACCACCAAUAAUACCUCCACUGACAUCAAUUCGAAUACAGCCAAUACUUCCGCUACCACCACUACUGCUGCACCUGCCGGUGCUGUUACCAACGCACUUGCUAGUGGUUUGUCAUCGUUGGAUUCGGAUUACGGCUUGAGUGCCUGUGCUGAGAAGCAACUCUUAAACCCAGCCGGUUUGCUGGGUGGCACUGGCAACACAGCGACAGGCUCGUUGAACAUAAAUACUACUAACGCUUCGUCAACUGGAAUUACUGUUGAUUCUAUUGUGGAGAAGCUUGUCAGCUCUUUAACACUCGAUAUGGACACUGAACCGCUAGUAGGUGGCAAUACAACCAUGACACGUGAAUUCAAUAAUAACGGCAGUGUUGCAAGUGAGCAUAAGAGCGUUUCAUCGCGUUCGUCCUCCUUGGCCGGUAACAUGUUUAGCGAAGUGUUCGAUAAUAAGGCCAACGAUUUGGAAUCCGGUUCGCUUGAGGACUCAUGCAGCUCGAUUGGCGCGGAUGGUAUGGACAAGAAUUGCAAGAUUUGCAGUUUACGUUUAGUUGCGCCACGUGUGCUCUCGUGUCUCCAUGUAUUUUGUGAAUCUUGUCUGAUGAAACUGCUUAAUGAAGAGUCUAACGGCAAUACAUCAUCGGCUUCGUCCACUACUUCUACCGCCGGUGAGCUAAUGCCGCCGUUGAAAUCUGCUAUCGAGUGUCCCACAUGCAAGCAAGUAACAAUGGUCGGUUCUAAAGGAAUUGAAUCAUUGACUUGCGAUUACAUCUUGACCAACAUACUUGAUCUCUCCACCAUCGAGUCGGAACAGUUAUCUUGCACUUCAUGCAAGAGCAAGGAAAAGGCCAUUUCACGUUGCAGCGAUUGUGCAAAUUUCUUGUGCAGUGGCUGUGAUAAUGCACACAAGUAUAUGCGUUGCUUUGAGAAUCACGAAGUAGUUAAACUCGAGGAUUUGCAAAAGUCUACAGCUGAUAAACCGCUCACCAUUCAUAAGCCGCUUUUCUGCAAUGUGCAUACCGCUGAAAAUCUCAAAUACUAUUGCUUCAAUUGUCAAAUACCAGUUUGCAAUGAUUGUUUAAUCGCCGACCACAAAGGUAGUGAGCAUCAUUACGAUGUUAUGGCGAUGGCUGAAAAGUCAGUGCGCGUUGAUGUCGAGAAUUUAAUGAAGGAAGCUAAGUCCAAGGUGCAAUAUUGUGAUGCUGCCGCCUCAAAUCUCUCCAGUGCUCUAACUGAGCUUCAAACGCAACACGAUUCGGCACGCUCUCGUAUUGAGGAAACUUACCAAACCUAUAAGAAGAUUUUGGAGAAGUGCCGUGACCAAUCUCUUACCGAGUUAGGCAAACUGCACUCGGAGCGGGAGCUGAAAGUAAUGGAUCUACUGCAGAACAUCGAAAAUACAAUGGGAAAAAUCGAUAGUACCUGCAAAUUUACAAUGCGCGUGCUGGAUCAAGCCAAUGCCGCCGAGUUUCUAUCAAUGAAAAAGUUAAUUAGCUCACAAUUUAUUAAUCUUAUUAAUAGUACACCAAAAUGUGACAUUAACUACUCGCUGACAUUCGACACCAAAGCCGAGAAAUUCGAACAAGUCGCUCAAGAGACUUUCGGCAAAUUCCGCACCGAGUCAACACCACCUUCACCAAAAGAGAGUACACCACCACCGACCCUACCCGGCAUGCCACCGACGAUGAUGAGCAGUCGUAACGGCGGUAUGAAUACAUGCGGCUCACAAGGUCAACUAGCUGGUGGCAGUUCUGUUACGGCCAGCAGCCCAAUAUCUUUACCAACAUCCAUGCAAAGUUCAUUCGAUGGCGACUUCUCUGUACUGGGUAAUGGUUUUCUCAUGCCAAAUGUUUUGGCACCCGACUCACCACCACACCAGCCACCCACUUUGCAUCAUCAAAUUUCUCAACAACAACAACAUCAACAACAUCAAUCUCAACCAACACCAGCUCAACCACCAGCACAUGGUGCAAAUGGUGUACGAGGCCCUGGCGCUUUCGAUGGUGUGGGCUGUGUUAAUGGUGGUGUUGGUGGUGGUGGUGGCGGUGUUAUGCCAGGCAGUGGUUUGGCUAAUAGCUUAAAUGCACUUGCAGGCAGUCAUGGCCCAUUACAUGGACACAACCAAGGUCAUGGUCACGGACAUGGUCACAACGUCGGUGGGAGCGCCAACCCACUCAGCAGUGCUGGUAAUAAUAUGAAUGUCGGCUUGAACAAUAAUGCAAUGGGUAACGGUGGCAUAAAUGGUUCACUUGGCCAAGGCAUGAAUGGACUUGGCGGUGCUGGUUCAGUUGGUGGCGGCCUGAAUGGCCCACUCAGUGCUGGACUCAAUGGGCCGGCCAACGGUGCUGGAGUGAAUGGCGGAGCACCUCCACCAAGUGCUUAUAAUAGUAUUCUGGAAUAUAAUUUGUCACGUCUUGCCAGCCUCACUGAGGCCACUCCAGAUGUUACUCUUAACGAUGCUUUGGUGGGCGCCGGUGCAGGCGCUGGUGGUCACCAUCAGGCAGUGGUGCCAGCAUCGUCUGGACAGAAUCCACAGAUCUCAUUGGCUGAUAUAUUGUCGGGUGAUCAACGCGCCUUCAACAAUUUGCAAGCGCUCGCCAAGAUGGGACUCAAUAACAAUGAUUUUCACACAGACAUGAAUCAGCUUUUAUCGAGCGGAGCUUCACCCGGAAUUGAUUGUAUAUUACCAGAUUUCUGCCUACCCGCAGCCACAUCGCCCAGCCUAUCAACACUUGGACCCCUCGGUCCUGGUGCCGUCGACGACUUGUCCAUAACAAAUUUCCAUGCUGGCGCUACACCAGGUACAACCAAUAUCGUUACUGGACGCAAUAAGGCUACACCCAUGCAAAUACGUUGUAAAUUCGGUUCGCUCGGCACCUCCAAGGGUCAAUUCAAUUCACCACACGGUUUUUGUUUGGGCGUUGACGAGGAGAUUAUUGUCGCCGAUACGAAUAAUCAUCGCAUUGAAGUUUUCGACAAAACUGGCACACUUAAAUUCCAAUUUGGCGUACCCGGCAAGGAGGAGGGUCAAUUGUGGUAUCCGCGCAAGGUGGCCGUAAUGCAUACCAAUGGGAAAUUCGUCGUUUGCGAUCGCGGCAAUGAACGUUCUCGCAUGCAAAUUUUUUCCAAGUGUGGACACUUUAUGCGAAAAAUUGCUAUUAGAUAUAUCGACAUUGUCGCUGGCUUGGCUGUCACUUCGAAGGGUCACAUUGUGGCCGUGGAUAGUGUUUCGCCAACAGUCUUUGUCAUAUCCGAGGAUGGCGAGCUGGUGCGUUGGUUCGAUUGCAGUGACUAUAUGCGCGAACCAUCUGAUAUUGCCAUACGUGACAAUGACUUCUAUGUCUGCGACUUCAAAGGUCAUUGUGUUGCUGUCUUCCAAGAGGAUGGUACUUUCCAAUAUCGCAUUGGUAAUGAGAAGGUCACUUGCUUCCCCAACGGCAUCGAUAUAUCAAAUGCAGGUGAUAUUUUAAUCGGUGAUUCGCAUGGUAAUCGUUUCCAUGUGGCCUGCUAUUCACGUGAUGGCGUAUUACAAUCGGAGUUUGAGUGUCCACAUGUCAAGGUUUCUCGCUGUUGUGGCUUAAAAAUAACCUCCGAGGGUUAUGUCGUCACUUUGGCCAAGAAUAAUCACCAUGUGUUGGUACUUAAUACGCUCUACGUUCACUGAUCGCAAAUCAAAACCACAACAAACAGCAGCAAUAUCAGCGGUAGCCACACUAAUAUCGGCUGUCAUAAAUCCAAUUUUCCAAUGAAUGUUACC